UUCAGUUUCAGUCCAGAUACCUCACUGAGGAGCUGCGGAAGAUUUUCACUGAAGACACUGACUCUGAAACGGAAGUGUUUGACGGCUUCGCUUCAAGCGAGGUGGAUGCGAACAAGAAAGGAGUUCUGGUAAAGGCUGCAAUGGAGUCGGACUUGAACGAUGAAGAACGCAAUAAUUUAUUGGGUAGUGAGGAAGAAGAGGAGGAAGAGGUGAAGAAGAAAGUUUCCCCCAAGAGAAGAAGCUUUGGCCUUCGUGUUGCCUUGCAGUUUCCCACCAGAAAGUCGUCUGAGAAAAAAGUGCCUGAACAGGCUUUUUCUGACUUACCUCUAAAGGACAGUGAAGGGAUCACACCUCUUUCAAAAGAAAUAAGCUGCAAGCGGAGGGACAAACUAGAGGGCUCUGCUUCAGAGUCUGAAGAAGACAUGAAAGAAUUGCAGGAGGAAGGCUCCAGUGCUCUGCUUAAGAGAGCCAUGAACAUUAAAGAAAAUAAAGCCAUGCUUGCCCAGUUGCUGGCAGAACUGAAUUCCAUCCCCGACCUGUUCCCAGUGAAAACGCCCACCUCGACCCCUUCGAAACAGAAGAAAAUGCCAAGGAGGACAUUUUCUGAAGGCCAGAUAGCACGUCGCAUGAAUCCAACCAGAAAUGCUCGUCCACCAGAGAAAUUUGCCUUGGAAAAAUUCACAGUGUCAGCUGUUAAAUUUGCAGAACAUUUCCGUAGCUGUAGACAACAAAACCUCUUGAAGAAGAGACUCAGUGAGGGGAAUUGUGGAGUGCACAAAAGGAGGAGAACAUCUAUAUAUUCAUCUCACCGCCCAGUAGAAGAUAUUACUGAAGAGGACUUGGACAACAUUGCAAUCACUGUUAAAGACAAAAUCUACGACAAAGUUCUGGGAAGUACUUGCCACCAGUGUCGACAAAAGACAAUUGAUACAAAGACAAUCUGUCGCAACCAGGGCUGUGGGGGAGUAAGGGGGCAGUUUUGUGGACCAUGUCUUCGAAAUCGAUAUGGGGAAGAUGUGAAAUCAGCACUGCUUGAUCCAGCCUGGAUCUGUCCUCCUUGUCGCGGGGUGUGCAACUGCAGCUACUGCCGCCGGCGGGACGGGCGCUGUGCCACGGGCAUGCUCAUCCACUUGGCCAAAUUCUAUGGCUAUGACAACGUUAAGGAGUACCUGGAAAGUUUACAGAAACAACUAGCGGAUGACAACUGAGAACACUGAACUCAAGAUGUGCCUGCAACUGGUUAACAUGUUGACAAAUUGUUACUUCUAAAGGUUAAUAAUGUGUUUUAUAUAAGAUAGAAUUGUAGAGUAUAGUAUAUGCAUUUCUCUGUUGGGAAUUUUUUGAUUGAUGUGGUCUUAGGCAAAAGAUCUCUCAGGAAAAUGUUUUGGUAGAGAAAUCUACAUGCACAGACCUAUACGUUAAGUGAAAUGCACUCUUGAACCUUGAGUGCUUAAUUUUUGAUAGAGCUACACAACCACAUGAUGGAGAACUUGGUGAAUUAGAGCAAUAUUUUUAUUUAUAUAAUUGUGCAAGUUUGCAGAAAAGGCAUUUAACAACUACCGGUAAAGCAUACCCUGUUUUUAACGGAAUAAAAAAACCUCCCUGUGUUCAGACUUUAGCAUAAAGAUUCAGUUUUCCAGCCCUUGCUUUC